CGGCGGGGGCGGCGUCGCGGCUGCGGCGGCCUCGGCCUUCCCGCGGCCCGCAGCCCUCCCUCUCUCCCCACCCCCCACGAGUGACAUGAUGUUUCCACAAAGCAGGCACUCGGGCUCCUCACACCUGCCCCAGCAGCUCAAGUUCACAACCUCAGAUUCCUGCGACCGCAUCAAAGAUGAGUUUCAGCUCCUGCAGGCCCAGUAUCACAGCUUGAAGCUGGAGUGUGACAAGCUGGCCAGUGAGAAGUCGGAGAUGCAGCGUCACUACGUCAUGUACUAUGAGAUGUCCUAUGGCCUCAACAUUGAAAUGCACAAACAGGCCGAAAUCGUCAAGAGGCUCAAUGGCAUUUGUGCUCAAGUCUUGCCCUACCUUUCACAAGAGCAUCAACAACAAGUCUUGGGGGCAAUUGAGCGAGCCAAGCAGGUAACUGCUCCGGAGCUGAACUCUAUCAUCCGGCAGCAGCUCCAGGCUCACCAGCUGUCCCAGCUCCAGGCUCUGGCCUUGCCGCUGACCCCACUGCCUGUGGGCCUGCAGCCUCCGUCGCUGCCCGCCGUCAGCGCCGGCACCGGCCUCCUCUCCCUCUCUGCCCUGGGCUCUCAGGCCCACCUCUCUAAGGAGGACAAGAACGGGCACGACGGGGACGCCCACCAGGACGAUGAUGGGGACAAGUCAGAUUAGAGGCACAGCCCUGGGGGUGGGGGAAGGGCUUGGUGUUUUUGGUGGCUGCUGGCGCCCCAUAGCUUUGACCACUCCCCUGCCCCCUGCCAGCCCCUCCCCCUUCCCCUAAAUCCUUUGGGGUGUGAAUGGGACCGGACUGGGGCGGAAGGGAAUAAAAGAAUGGACCCACCUUAGCUCCAAGCGCCUCCCCCCUUCCCUGUGCACAUAUGUAACCGCUCCCCCCCCGUUCGGCCUGUUUGCUGCGCACCCAGCACAGCAGUUCCCCAGUCCCCUCCUGGUACUGCAUGCAAUCACGGAUGCCAGCCGGCCCCGGGUUCCUCCCCUCCGCCCCCUCCCCCAUGUAGAGGCUCUACCCUGUCCCCUUCCUCCUUUUUUCCCUCUAUCCAGUUGCCUGCCUGACUCUGCUCCCCAGGCUCUGCUACAUCACCCACCCAGCCUGGGACCUGAGUCCCCUUUGAUUGGGGCCAGGUUCUGGGAGAGAGCUCAGCAGCAGGUAUCUGGGGGAGGGGAGGCUGGAUGGAGAGGGUCUGGGGGACCUGCUUCCUCCCCCACCCCAUGCCCACAAAUAAAGAUGAGGGUACCGCAUUUGUCUGGUUUUCUUUCAGUCUGCUAGUCUGUCUUUUAAAAGAAACAAAAAAGGAAAAAUUCACCAAAAAAAAGUUCCCCUUUCCUUCCCCCCAGAUUCGUGUUUGUAUAUAGUCCUUUAGAUAAACUUGUCGGCUUCUGGUGUUCAUUAACCUAUUACAGAGGAGGAAUGGAGACACUGUACUAAGCUUGUACUAGCUGUGCCUUUCAAAUAAAGAUGUGAGACGGUUGGUUUAAA